AUGUCUCCCAAGCUCGCCUGGAUCGGACUCGGUAACAUGGGCCGCGGCAUGGCCGCCAACCUGGCAACGAAAGGCCCCCAGACGCAGCCUCUGAUCAUCCACAACCGCACGCAGACCACGGCGCAGACCUUCGCGCAAAACACGCCCAACACGACCGUCUCAGCGACGCUAGAAGCAACGCUCACACAAGCAGACAUAAUCUUCACAUGCCUCAGCGACGACGCCGCCAUUACCACCCUCAUCACCGCUGCCGUCACCACUCCCAACCUAAGCUUGCACAACAAAAUCUUCGUAGACUGCUCAACCGUCCAUCCGUCCACAACCACAACCAUCAGCAAGCAACUCAACCAAGCAGGCGCACAAUUCAUUGCAUGCCCCGUCUUCGGCAGUCCCGCGGCCGCAGCAGCAGGGCAGGUGAUCUGCGUACUGGCGGGCGAAGCGGACGUCAUCGAAAGAAUCAAGCCGUACACGACGGGCGUGAUCGCCAAAUCGGAUCUCGAGUUCGCGGACUGCGCGCCUGCUAAGGCGUCGCAGCUCAAAAUCCUGGGGAAUACCUUUGUGAUUAGUAUGGUGGAGGCUAUUGCUGAGGGGCUGGUGGUCGCGGAGAAGUGCGGGCUUGGGGCCGAGAAUCUGCAUCGGUUUUUUGAGGCGGUGUUUCCUGGCCCUUAUGUUGCGUAUUCGGAGCGGAUGCGCUCCGGGGAUUAUUGGAGAAGGGAGGCGCCGUUGUUUGGGGUCGGGCUGGUGAGGAAGGAUGCUAGGCAUGCUUUGGAUAUGGCGCAUUCGGUUGGGGCCAGGAUGCGCGGGGUCGAGUUGGCGGAUGGGUAUUUGAGGGCUGUGGAGGAGAGGACGGGCGAGAAGGGGGAUUUGGCCGGCGUGUAUGGCGCGGUGAGGGAGGAAGGGGGGCUGAAGUUUGAGAAUUGA